AUGGCCACCAUGAUGGUCGCCUUCCAGAAUGAUAUGGCGACGACCCUCUACGCCGAGGCCUGGACACCGACCACAAUGGGCCAGUAUGUGGGCACGUGCUUCUUCCUUAUCUUCCUCGCGGCCAUCUUCCGCGGCUUGUUCGCGGUCAAGGCCAUUGCGGAGUCGCGAUGGCUGGACGAGGAGAUGAACCGGCGCUACGUGGCCGUCAAGGGGCAGCUGCCGAUGCACGAGAACAUUUCUCGGGACAGCCUGAAGCACAACAUGGUUCUCAGCGCCAACGGCGUCGAGGAGCAGGUUAUGGUGGUCAAGAAGAGGGGCGGCAUUACUCGGCCUUGGAGGGCGAGUGUGGAUCCCGUAAGGGCGGCAAUCGAUACUGCCAUAGCGGGUGUCGGAUAUCUUCUCAUGUUGGCGGUCAUGACGGUGAACAUUGGCUACUUCCUGUCCAUUCUCGGUGGUACAUUUCUCGGAAGUCUGGCUAUUGGCCGGUACGCCGCAGUGCAGGAGCACUGAGCAACGGCUGCGAGAGAGAGGAGCCGUUGCGGGACGACGGUGUUGAAUCAGCGUGCUGCACGAGAUGAGUAGCAUUUCAUUUUACCAUAUGAAGCCAGCACGAUGAUCAUUCGUGCGAUGAGACAACGAUGUUCACGACAAAAAUUUGUUUGGAGGCUGGUUUUCUACUUGAAAAAGGGGGGGGGGGGGCGGCGUUCUGGACUUGGACCAUGGUCGGCGUCGUCCACGUAGAUCUCAUUCUUCCCAGCGUUAGACGAAUAUUAAUAUUUACUACUACCGAU